CCUCUCCUUGCUGGACACGAACCUACCAGCUGAAGCAGAGCCAGAGCUGCGUGGUUUCAUCGCCAAACGCCUGACCAAAGGGGCCCUGUUUGAAGGGAUGGGCAAUGUUGCAUCCGUGGGGCUGAGCAUACCAGAAUGUAAAGUUGGUUGUUAUUACUGUCGUUUCCAACAAGAAAAUCUUCUAGAAAUGGCAACAUUGGAAUCAGACAUCAAUGCUCCAGAAUAUGUGGUUUGUUUCUUAGGUGGCUCAGAGAAAGGCCUGGAACUUUUCAGACUUGAGCUGGACAAAUACAUUCAAAGUCUGAAGACAAGCCUUGAUUUGGAGCAAAAAAACUUGGAGUCCUGUGUUGGCCCCUACCUGAGGAGCUGGUUUGAGAAUGCCAUCUGCCCUGUCCAGAGGGUUGUGCAGCUCUUCCAGGACAAACUUGCCUCUCUCUUACAUGCUGCUCUGAGCUACACUCCUGUAGAAGUGAAAAAUGCAGAUGAAAGAACAGAAAAGGACAUCAGCAGGUUUCUGGCAGCUGCCAGUCUCCAAGGACUUGUCCAGGAAGGCACAAUGACCUCCUUGUGCAUUGCCAUGACAGAGGAGCAGCACAAGUCUAUGGUUAUAGACUGCAGUGGACCUCAGCCUCAGCUGCAUAAUGCAGGAAGCAACAGGUUCUGUGAGGACUGGAUGCAGGCCUUUGGGAACGGUGCUGAGGCUGGGAACCCAUUCCUCUCCCGGCAGAUCUUGGAAAACUUUAAACUGAAGGCUAUACAGGACAUUAACAACCUGAAGAGGUUUAUCCGCCAGGCUGAAAUGAACCACUAUGCCUUGUUCAAGUGUUACCUGUUCCUAAAGAACUGUGGCAGUGGAGACAUCCUCCUGAAGAUUGUGAAAGUGGAACAUGCAGAAAUGCCAGAAGCCAGAAAUGUAGUGACUGUCCUCGAGGAAUUCAUGAGAGAGACAUCUGUGGCUUAAAAUUGUGUAUAAAUCAGUAAUUUCUUCUGUGCAGCUAUGACAGGGUUUUUAAUUUAUAUUUAAAAAUAUUACCUUAGUUGCUGUUUCAUCUGCUUUCCCCCUUUUUAGAUGAAGCAGUAUGAGCUUUUUUUAAUGUGUGAA